ACUAAGUUUGUGUACCUAUUAUCUUUACUAUCAUUAUGUAGGAGGAGGAGAACAUCCAGUUGAACCACUGCACGAGAUGGUGCUUGACUCCAUUGCCCGGGAGGCCAAGAAUGGCGUGAUGGGCCCCGAGGAGGAGGCAGGAUUCAGUUCUUCUCAAAGCACAGAGGAGGACAACAAUUCAGCCUUUAAUAUCCUGGACAGCUCGGCUUUCAAAAUCUUGUGGAGCAUGACCUCGAACCAAGAAGCACCAAGCAAAAUGAUCAAAACGACCAGCCCACUACAACAAUCAAUCAGCCCACGACGACAAUCAACCAGCCCACGACGACAAUUAACCAGCCCACUACAACAAUCAACCAGCCCACGACGACAAUUAACCAGCCCUCUACGACAAACAACCAGCCCGCAACGACAAACAACCAGCCCAAUGCAGCAAUCAACCAGCCCAAUGCAACAAUCAACCAGCUCCAGACAAUCAACCAGCUCCAGACCAUCAACCAGCUCCAGACCAUCAACCAGCUCCAGACCAUCAACCAGCUCCAGACCAUCUGCAAGCCCCAAGCCAUCAGCAACACUCCCAACAAUUAGUGCGUCACAGCAACUCGUUAACCUUGAUUCUGAACGUAAUAAUUUACUGAAGAAACAGAAUGUGCUCUUAGAGCGGAUUGCUGUUAGCUUGGAGCGAUUGACAGACAAUUAUUCUGAAUCUGCAUAGAUUUGUGUUAAGGCCCACUCCAGAAAAAAAGUUCAUUAAAUUAAUUGAUGCUUUAAGGCUAAAAAAUAGAGUAAAAAAUACGAAUAAAUCUAAGUUCAUAUAAUAUAACACAA